UGCUCAUCUGUACAUCCCUCAUCACUCUCAAAGCUCCAGACCUCCUGGGGGAACCUUUGAGGCUCAUUAGGACACUUGGGCCCAGCAGAUGUAGCUUCUUCUCCUGAGCUUGAAGGAGCCCCUGUCUGAAGCCACAUAUCUGGGAUGUUAAUCAGAUCUGGUUUCGGACACUCAAUAUUAAGGAUCUAGAUUUUAGAAGGGGACAUAGAGGCUUCAACGGAUGAAAUCCUGGAAUAUGAGGGUCACCCGAGUGCUACAGCUGUCUGUUUUGUUGGUGGGGCUCUGCCAGGCCCAGCGAGCCCCUCCACCCUCCACCUCAGAGGAGGCAGGGGGGGUCCCCGUGUCCCAGCUGAAGAUGCUGGCGCUGGGCCUGGCUCACCUGCUGCAGGGCGUGGAAGAGAACGCCCGGCAGCUGGAGCAGAGGGGCGAGCAGGCGGAGGCCGAGCUGGACGGAGCCACGAGGAACCUGGAGAGCCUCAGGAAGCAGAGUCUGAAGGCCGGACGGAAUCACAGGCAGGUGAGGAAGGACCUGCAGAUCCUGAGCGCCCGAGGGGACCGGCUGUGGAAGGCAGCCAGAGAUCUGCAGAAGGUUCUGGAGGAGGUGGAGACGGAGCAGGGAGCCAUGCAGCAGCGGAUCAACCGGGUCCUUCAGAGAAUAAAGAGCCUGACGGAGCCCAAGUCCAGGGGGAAAACCCAGCUUGACAUGGGCUCCGUGAAGGUUGUGAUGGAUAAACAGGCCCGAAAGCUAGCCAGUCUAAACUCAGAGUUUUCAGCCCGGGACAGAAUGAUUGACAGACGCCGGCGGCACAUUGACCACCUGGAGAUACAGAUAUCUGAGAGCCUCCCAGCAGCACUGAGGGCAGAUUCUCUCUCCGACUGUGUGUGAUGAGCACAGCUGCAUCAACACAGCCUCUCUGCCAUUAUGAAGCUAAGAAAAUGAACUGCUCUGAAACUUACAAAAGCAUGUGUCACAUUUAACAAAUAUGUAGAUAAGUACACAUUUGGGUUAGUCGUCUGUGUUGUCCUCAACAAAACACGCCUACAGUAUGUUCAAAAAUAGUUAAGAAAUAAAGCUUUCCUUUUCCUGCAAAGUCAUUUUGUGGUUCUGACUUCAGCUAAAUUGUGGUCGAAACGCCUUGUGAAGAUAUACUUGUCUCACACGCCCAAAAAAACAUGCAUAAUUAAAUCACAGUUGACAGUUACGUCCUUUAUUCCAGUUGUUGAUUCAUUUUGAAGGGUUAUACACAAAGAAUACACAGACGUAUGAGAGUUUUACAAUGUACAACUGUUACAUAACUUUACAGCCUAAUGUCCUUAUAUAUAUAGUUUUUCUCCUUAAAAUCAAAGUUCUUAGUGUUCUAAGACAAGGAUCCCGGAGCAGGACAGAAAAAAGGCAAUCUUUGCAAGUCAUUUCCUCUUAUAUUCAACUUUAAA